AUGUUUGUCUCCUUACUAAUACUCGCAUUGUCCGUCUUGAUGAUACCCGGAAGUACGUCAGAAUGCUGUGUUCCUCCCCAGUUCCAGACCUACAUUGACACAAUGACAUCCCUCUCAAGUACCAUGGAUAAACGCUUUCAAACGCUGAAAUUCUCCUAUGAUGCUAAAUCCAAAAAACUAAGAACUCAUGUUGUCGCUUCAUCUAAGGAAGACGAAUUCGACCAAAUAGAAGAUUACUCUGCUGUAAGCUUUUAUAAUGUUAUAUGUAACUCUGGUGACAUUUCUGUAUAUGUCGGAGCCCAUUUAGUCCGGCAUUCUUUUAUGGGUGUGUCUCCUCAUAUUAUGAAGUUGGAGACCUACAUGGUGACUAUAGAAAGCAGCCUGAUGGGAUUAACUACCGUGGGAGAGAAUUGUACCCCUGUAGAGAUGGUUUCCAUUUCCUCAAAGACCCCUCAACCUGAUGGACAGUUGAUGAGAAUUUUCUAUAAUAUGACCAUGGGCAUUAAAGAUUUAUCUAUCUUUACACCUCCAGAGAUAUGCUUUAAACAGGCAAGAUACAAGAGUCACGGUAUAGUCAGAUAUUCCUUCUUUCCUAACUAG